AUGUCGGGAGGAACGGCGAUUCCGCCCCUGCUGAAAGCUAUCAGAGGCUAUCAAAUGGGUCUUGAAAACUUUGCCCCCGCUGCCCCUCCCAGCCCCCAGAUAUUAGACUUUCUUGCGCGGCUGAAGGCAAAAACACUACCCCUUGGUCCGUACGCCCCUUCCGGGGGGGCGUGCCUGGCCCGCAAGGAGAGAGCGGAGUACCCCCCCAGAAAGGUGGACGAUGCAAACGGGAUCGCUGCGCAGGUCUUUGACGCGUAUGCUGCAUAUCACCGCGGUUGUAUUUCCAACAUGAAAAAUGUCACAGAAGCGUGGCGGGGAGAGGAACCCCCCGAGGGGUGCCAAUUUGUGGUCUGGUCGGGACGCGCGGGUUUGGGGAACAAGAUGCUGAACCUGGCGUCGACGUUCAUGUAUGCAGUGCUGGCUCAACGAGUGCUCUUGGUCAAUCCCGGUGUCGAGGCGGCCCUCGGGCAAUUGUUUUGUGAGCCGUUUCCGGGGUCGAGCUGGCUGCUUCCGGAAGAAUUCCCGGUUCUCAAGAUGUUCGACAAUUUGCCUUGGCCUAUGAGCGACGUUGGGGCCUUAACUGCCUGCGAAGAGGAGAUGAAGGAACUGGAGACGCGGACGUGGUUCAUCUUUCCGCACGACACGUGGAACAACUACUGGCUGCCCGGUCUUUACGUGCAUCCCACGAAGCGGCUACUGCUCAAAGAGCUCUUCCCAGAUAACCAGGUGUUCCACCGGCUGUCGCGCUACCUCUACCUGCCGCAAGACCGCAUCUGGACACGUGUCACUUCGUUCUACAAUCAGCACAUGGCCGGCGCGACCAAGUCCGUGGGGCUUCAGAUCCGACAAAAGGGCGACGGAAAAGAGCUGUAUUACCAGCGGACCAGUGACAACGCGCUGACGUGUAUGGCCGAGCAUGAAUUGAUUCCGAGGCUGGUUGACACACUGCCGACCCAAGAGGGGGUUGAGAUUUCCGAGGCGUCGAGCAAAGACGCGUUCGAUGUGCUGUUUGUUGCGAGCAUGAUUCCGCAGUACGAGGAGCAUCUGAGGGAGGUGUUCAGCAAGAACAAGACGGUGGCGGGGCGCAGAGUCAAGGUGUUAAGCGCGACGCAUGAACAAGAAGAAAAGUGGAGCGACCUCUCGCACUAUGAUUCGGCCGUCGUAGACGUCUGGCUUCUCAGCUUCACCGACCGUCAGAUCAUCACGCAAACCUCGACGUUCGGUUACGUCGCCUCAAGCAUCGCUGGCACAAACCCCUAUUACGCCAACUACUACUCCUGCGAGCGCGCCAAGAAUCACGAUCCGUGCUGGCACUCCGCCCCGCAGUAUUUGGUGUGUCCAAAGAUGCCCAACGUGGGGGGGCCCAUUCACAUGGCGAGUCCGGAGAUGGAGCGCUGCUCGGACUUUUUCGGGGGGGUCACACUUGUGGACGCUAAAUCGAGCUAUCUGGAAGCGUCGUAAGAAGCCGCUAGGAUGUCGUAUCGUACGACUCGGGAUACCAACUGAACAAAUAAGUCGGUCAAUCAUAG